AUGUGGGCGGUCGAGCAGCACUCACUUUGGGAUCUGUUGUCAGGUACUCUGGUCCAAGUAAGUUUUCCGAUUUUCCUUUCACUGUCUGCCUCCUUUUCCCAAGGUCUCCCGCCAGCCAUGCAGAAAGUCAUGUAUAAGGGACUUGUCCCUGAGGAUAAGACGUUGAGGGAAAUAAAGGUGACCAGCGGAGCCAAGAUCAUGGUGGUUGGUUCCACGAUAAAUGAUGUUUUAGCAGUAAACACGCCCAAAGACUCUGUGCAGCAGGAUGCCAAGGCCGAAGAGAACAAGAAGGAGCCGCUGUGCAGGCAGAAACAACACAGGAAAGUGUUGGAUAAAGGGAAACCUGAAGACGUGAUGCCAUCUGUGAAGGGGGCCCAGGAGCGCCUGCCCACAGUCCCCUUGUCUGGCAUGUACAAUAAAUCCGGAGGAAAAGUGAGACUCACCUUUAAGCUAGAACAAGACCAGCUGUGGAUUGGCACUAAAGAGCGGACCGAGAAGCUACCCAUGGGCUCCAUUAAAAACGUGGUCAGCGAACCCAUUGAGGGGCACGAGGACUACCACAUGAUGGCGUUUCAGUUGGGCCCCACGGAAGCCUCUUACUACUGGGUGUACUGGGUUCCAACUCAAUAUGUGGAUGCAAUCAAAGACACUGUGCUGGGGAAGUGGCAGUAUUUUUGAAAGCACUUUCACCUCUGGCCCAGGAGACUGACCCACAGUGAAGGACAUUGCUGGGAGAGGCCUGCAGCACCCCCGGAUUUCAGAGUUCUGGAACUUUGUUCACACACAAUCUAUACCCAAUCUAAGGUGAUGUGGUGACCGAAGCCAGAGGUGAUGUUCUUUCACCCUUAGCUUAAUCCUAACUUAAAUCACCGGUUCCCUUUCUUGCAGUCAGCUUCAUACCAUUUUUAAAGUCAGUACAGUGGAAACCAAUAAAUCUGAACUCGGAAAGUACUGUGUGGAAUACUCUUAAGUGUAUUUGAGAGUAGAUCUGCCAAGGUUUUGUUUAGAAAGGAAUGGUCAAAAGCUUUCUGCUUUUUUUAAAAAGUGAUUUCAACAAAUAUUUUCAUAAACCUUUGGUUGCAAACA